AUGUCAGAUUUAGAAUACGACCGCAAAGACGAAAAGUCGCAAGCACAACCGUACGGAGAAGUAGUGGCAAGCGAGGUCGACGCCGACUAUCAAGAGUAUCUGAUGUUGGCAGAGGAAUUCUCUGGAGAUGCCUUGAGAAAGCUCACACGUAAAAUAGACUGGCGGGUCAUUCCGCAGUUGAUCUUUAUAUACAUGCUCUCUUAUAUUGAUCGGGGCAACGUCGGUAAUGCCAGAUUGUUUGGCGCUCAGACUGAUACGGGGCUCUCGAACACUGAAUGGAACAUUGGUCUCUCCCUCCUAUUCAUUACAUUUGGUUUUGGUGGUCUACCUUCCAACAUACUGGUCAAGAAAUUCGGGCCAAAGAAGGUUCUUCCUGUGCUGUUAAUGGGAGUUGGAGCUGUGCUCAUCGGCUCGGGUUGUUCUCACAAUCGUGCACAAUGGUUUACUCUCCGAAUACUCUUGGGGUUAUUUGAAGCAGGAAUGUAUCCCGGCUGUACCUACACCUUGACAACUUGGUAUACCCCGGCGCAAAUCCAUAGUCGGACAACGGUCUAUUACCUCGGUGGUGUUUUAUCGGGCGCUCUUUCUGGCCUUCUAGCGUAUGGAAUUGGCCAGCUUGACGGCAAACACGGUUGGAGGGGCUGGAGAUACAUUUACGUUAUCGAAGGAGGUAUUACAUUGUUCGUCGGAAUCCUCGCAUUGUUCACACUACAAGAAACGCCUCAAAAAACGAAAAAAUGGCUCAACGACCGAGAGAAACGAUUCUUGGCAUUACGAUCCAAAUUCCUUUAUGGGGGUGGAAGGAUGGGUAGCAAGGAUGAUUUCGCUCUUGCAGAUGUCUCUAUCCAUGUCUGGAUUAUAUCUUUCGCUUUUAUCUGCAACACUAUCGCGUUGUAUGGAUUCUCGUUGGCUCUUCCUACCAUCGUUAAAAACAUGGGCUUCACCGCCGCAAAUGCACAGGCUCUCAGCGCGCCGCCAUAUGUCUUCGCUGCUUUCUGUGUCGUUGGCUCGGGUUUGUUCUCUGAUAGAUACAGGCUCCGAGCAGCCACUGUCAUCUUCCCAUCGAUCAUUGGAUUUAUUGGGGUACUCAUUUGCGUCCUUACCGUUACGCAUAAACAUCUCGUAGCGCUGUCCUACGUGGGAACCUGUAUUGCCGCUGGUGGAUUGUAUUGUCUCACACCAGCCUUAACCGUCUGGGCGGGUCUCAACACUGCGGGACAGACUAAGCGAGCUGCGGCCAUCUCAAUCGUGUUCUUGUUUGCCGCUAUCGGGGGUAUCCCGGGAUCUUACAUAUAUCUUGCUAAAGAAGCUCCUGGCUACCCUACCGGUUUUGGCGUCUCUCUUGGUUGUAUGGGUUUCGGAAACAUCAUAGUACCCGCAUUGUAUUGGCUCUAUUGCGGCCGAGUCAACAAUAAGCGUGAGCAGAUGACAAAUGGGGAAAUCAACAGUAAAUAUACGCAGGAGGAACUCGAACAGCUGGGUGACUUGUCUCCCCUGUACCGAUAUGAGCGAUAG